CACCUAAUAAUAUCAAGUGCGGCUACUCCAACAAGCGUUACAAAAAUAAAUAUACGCCAAGAUUACUGCUCUCGGCAAAAAAGCGAUAAUUGCUUGAAGAGUGAGUACUUUGGCAGCUAGUGUUUACUGUUUAGUAACUUUCGCCGCCUCGUUCGCGAGGUAGCAUUCUUCAGACAGGCUGAUAAAAACCAAAACAAACGACAAGUGGGGUGAAGUGAAGGAAGAUUCCGAAUCAGCAGUCGUCUGUUGAGACCGCCAAAGUUUAGUCGCGCGCCGGCGCCAGCAUCGACCGCGUGAAUCAGCGUAUAGUCCGCGUAGAAUUACAUUUCUUCGAUAUUUGGACAUGUCCCGUUUUGCCACAGGGGCUUCCUUCCUGUGAAUCAUGACUUGAAUAUGGAGGUGCAACAUUUCAGUCUGCCGUAGCACAUGGAACGGAAAACGCGGCUUGUAAAUAAACAAUAUUAAAUCUCAUUAUGAUUCUAUAGAAUUUGCCGCUCGUUUUUAAUUUGUGUAAAGUUUACUUUAAUAAUAGAUUUCAGCGGAAUUUUAAGUGGAGUUUUAUUCAUGAAAAUGGAUUUGACACUGUUUAUGUUGGCGUUUACAAUGUUGUGGAAAUCGUCUCAAUGCGUGCGGUGCUACAAAUGUUCCCCGGAGAAGGAAUUCCACACGAGCACAACCCGGCUGUGCACCCACUUCGACGCCAGCGACGCCUACAUUGUAGAGUGCAACUCAUCCACCAUGUGCUUCAAGAAAAUCACUACCCUCCAACUGGGGAACGGACUUACAGAUGUCACCAGAAGCGUGGAACGCGGUUGCGCCGCGCAAACCUGGGACGGUGACCAGAGGAAGGUAAAUGGAAAAUGGCGGAAAGUGAACGAGAUAUACGAACCUUACGAGGAGUCGUGCAAGGACCACUCGGGGGAUGAGCGCCCUACUAAAUCUACUGAAUGCUACUGCAGGGGAGACUUGUGCAACAGUGCUUCGAGUCUGAGAAUAUGUUUAGCUUUAUUUAUACCAAUAUUAUUUCUUUUUUUAUUGAGCUAAUGAUAAAAAUAAAUACUGACGAAGUUUUGAAUACACUUUAGGGAAAAUUAUAAACCCUUUUUACCUUUUAAAUGUCUAGGGACAAAGCGCGCAAAUUACUUCAGCAUGUAUUUUUGGAGGAUUUUAACCCCUUAUACAGCAGUGGGAAUAUAGUAUUAUUUCGAACUUUAUUCCUUGGUCCUAAAACGAUGAAUAUUUUGGACUUGUUAUGCCCGUUAAAAGGUUAGUAUCAUUUACUUGCAUAUUAAAAUAAUGCUAAUAAGGAUAAUAAAUACAAAUUCCAUGUAGCGGAUUCUUUUGUUAUUGACUAGCUUUCCGCCCGCGGCUUCGCCCGCGUGGAAUUUUGUCUGUCACAGAAAAACUUUAU